AUGUGGAAAAAGCAUUAUGCCGAAACAACUGCACCCCUGUUAACUGAGGUCCAGAAGGCACUUGGUCUGAAAUACACUUUGAGUAAGUGAACUUCCUGCGAUAUUUUGCUGGUUCUUUGAAGUUUUAUUCAAUUUAAGUCUGUAAUGACAACAGCUAAUGACUUGUGGUGCUUAAAGUUAAAGUCCACUUGUCACCAAUGGGACAAAUUUCUAACCGGAAACAACAGGUCUCCAUUCUGCAUUGUAAAAAGGAUAGCCGUGUAAUUACUCUUUUCAAAAAUUCAAUAUAUUGUCAUUUCAUGUUGCUGGUAUUUUUGUGAAUACACAUGAAUGUACAUUAUAUAUAUAUAUCUCUUCUGUGGACCGGUUUGUAACUAAAAUUAGACUGCAAGGGUGGGUUUCUUUCUCUUCUGGUAAGGCGUGAUCUGUGAACGGAGCGUAGAUUAAGGGAACAACUCAUUUUGGUUUGGUAUUAAUGACCAACGCAAAAUUAAAGUUGUUUUAUGGCCCUUGUAUGUUGUUUUAUCAUGAUUUCACUGUAAUGGCAGCUUUAAAAAAGAUUUACUUCAUAAGAAUAACGCCGCCUCUGGGUCCUUGUUCAUGAAAUUAGUAAUUUUAUCUACUUAUACAAAUUGUCACAUGUACCCUCAGCAAUCGACGGCUUGUUUCAUGUCAAUGAUUGCUUGAUGACCCACCUUUGCCAUGGUUUUGCCAUCCCAUCCGCUGUGACACAAGACUUGCUGGAUCGUAUUGCUACCGAGUUAGCAUACACGUCCUACUCAACAUUCAGCUACCCUUCCAUUCAAGAUUACUCCAGAGUUGGCAUCGGCUUUCUGAUUGCUGAGAUGUGGCAGGUACAACGUGUUAAAAACUGUAACUUGCUGGUUGUUUCUCCAUAAUUAUAACAAAAUUACAAACAAUAACAGUUAGGAGAAAAAAUAAAGAGGGCGGGGCUGAAGGCAAAUGAUAGUUGAACUAACCUGGUCUUGCCCUAAUAAUUAGAAAAAAAAUCUUUAACCUAGUGGAUACUAGAAGUAAAAAUGUUAAUAUAGAAAAAGCAGACGAAGGAAACGUCCUUCUUUCACAUUAUAAUGUUAUGCUUUGUAAAUAAUAAUAGAUCCUUUAUUUAAACACGAUCAGUGAUUAGACCUUUUAGUUGAAGUGCACUUAUUAUUAUUAUUAUUAUUAUUAUUAAUUAUACGUAUGAAUCAGGAUAUUUUUUAGAGAGAAAGACAAUGAGUUGGUCCCCACUUGAGGAUAAUAAUAAAACCAUUAUUAUUAGUUUGUCUUCAAACCGUUAUGUUGAUUAGAGGAAAGAAAAGAUGAAAAACGCCUUAUUUUAUCUCUGACUGUUUGUUCAUAGGCGAUGCAAGAUGUGAUCGCCGGAGAGAGAUUUGAAAAGUUUUAUCUGUAUUCCGGACAUGACUAUACGGGUACGUUGAGUUACUUAGAGGUGUUAGUUUGAAUCAGGGGUAGAAUGAAAUGACGAAGUUGCAGAGUUCCAAAACCAACCCCCCCCCCCCUGCCUCUCAACAAAGUCUCACCAAAGUCUUAUUGAAGAGAGCCUUUGUGGAAGAAGGAAACUAAGAAAAUCAAUUUCGUUAUUUUGGUUUGGAAUCAGUGGGAAUCUUUGAUGGUUUAAGAGGCGACAUUAAAUUAUCUCUGUAGGAAAGUAUUAUCUCGCAAGGUUUUAAGCACUUUCUUAAGUCUACGUGGCCGCAUUCUACUGCUUAAUACUGCUCACUCCGAGAAACUGAGAUAUAGUUUGUUUUCUUUAUAUAGUUAUGCCAUUCCUACACGCCUUCAAUGCAAGCGAUUAUAAAUGGAGCCCAUAUGCCUCCAUGGUGCAGCUGGAGCUACUACAGGUGACUAAUGCUACGAACGUAGACUAUGCCGUAAGACUGCUGUAUCAUGGUCAGGAACGACGUAUCCCUUACUGCAGUGCCUCGCCAUGCUCUCUUGCUGAAUUCAGUACCUACGUGAAGACUAUUAUCCCUCAAGAUCCUGUUGCUGAUUGCCAAGUGACCAAGCCAGAAAUCAUGAUAGGACCACGCCCACCACGUCUUGGCAGAAAUCAAGUGCUGUUUUAGAUCGAGACACGACCAUGCAUGUAUUUUUGUAAGUCAAACUCAGCAUUGCCACCACGAUUU